CAAGUAUCGUAUAUCAGUACGCUUCACUUUGCGUCGUCCCUGCUCACCAGCGCGAGCAUGGCGUCAGGCGACGGGCCUGCGCCAAAGCGGCGGAAAUUAUCUCGAGAUAUCGAUAAUGGCCUUCCCCUUCCCUUCUCGACGUACCUGCCUCUUGCUCGGACGAGACUCGCCGUCCUGGAGACCGAUCUCGACAAAGCCACUCUGCCUGCAAACGCCGCUCCGCUACAAGUGACAGUAGAGUCUCUCGUAGUGGUCGAAGGACGCCCUGUGGUCUCUUUCUCUCUGGGAAAAGGCAGGAUCGUGAAACAAGCGCAGGUCGAACAUCCCUCCCCUACAGAUGCGCAAGUGUUACUGGUCGCCACACACUUGGACUCGGCCGUGAAAUACAAACACCCUGCCGCCCUCCCUUUAGCCUGCGCCUAUGCUACCAUUCAGACCACGAUCAGUGGAUUGGAACUAAGAGUCUGGAUCCUUUGGGAGGAUACUGUAUCAUUGAGAGACAGAGUAGACCCAAAACUACUCGACAUAUUGGGUCGCUUUCUACCCUCUCACACCGCCACAACUCUAGAGUUCGAGCCCUGGGAGCCACGUCAAUUCUAUGAUAAUGUUCACGUACCCGAAAAGUCUGAUGAAAAUUCCGCAGAUAUCACUGUGCCGCGUCUCGAGUCCACUUUGUUCCCUUUUCAAAGACGCGGAGUGCGUUGGCUCUUGUCAAGAGAAGGUGCUGCUCUCAAGUCAACUGGGGAGCUCAGACCAUUACCUACAACCCCUGGGGAUUUCCUCCCACAAAGCUUCGAGAUGACCGAGAAUUUCGAGAAGGUUACAUGUUUCGUCAACCCUGCGUUGGGUGUGGUCUCCACCAGCUUGCCCUCAGUUCAAAGGGAAUUUGCCUCCGUCAAGGGUGGAAUUUUGGCGGACGAGAUGGGUCUUGGGAAGACACUAGAGAUCAUAUCGCUAAUCUGUCUGCACCCCAAACCAGUGCUUUUGAGCGACCCUCCAGGUUUGAGACAGUCCUCUGCUACAUUGAUCAUCACCCCUCCAACCAUUCUGGAGCAAUGGAAACAAGAGAUUCAGGAGCAUGCUCCAGCUCUACGAGUCUAUCACUACCACGGCGUCAGCAGCUAUAAGAAGUCUGGUGACAAACUUAUCGAGGAGCUUUUGGGUCAAGACGUGGUUCUGACAACGUACAACGUCAUAGCGAAAGAGGUACACUAUGUGGCAGAGAAACCUGAACGAAAUCUUCGCCGGCGUCAACGUUUCGAACCUCCCAAGAGUCCACUGACUCAGAUCUCGUGGUGGAGGGUCUGUCUGGAUGAGGCUCAAAUGGUCGAAAGCGGCGUUUCUUCUGCUGCUACAGUUGCCCGGCUUAUUCCUCGGGUCAAUGCUUGGGCAGUCACCGGUACCCCUUUGCGUAAGGGCCACAGAGACUUAUUUGGGUUGUUGCUGUUCCUACGUUAUGCACCGUGGUCGGCAUCCGCUCGAUUGUGGGAUCAUCUCAUCAGCUAUCACCGUCCUCUUUUCAGAGAUAUGAUUGGUCAAAUUGCUAUGAGACAUAGCAAAGAUUUUGUACGGGAAGAUUUGCGUCUCCCGCCUCAAAGCCGACACACGAUUACGAUCCCGUUCACGCCCAUCGAAGAGCAGCAUUAUUCCCAGCUUUUCCAGGAGCUUUGCGAGGAUUGCAAUUUGGAUCGGACAGGCGCUCCACAAAGCGACGACUGGGAUCCUGAUUCUCCUGUGAUCACUGAGAAAAUGAGGAUGUGGCUUACUCGCCUGCGACAAACUUGUCUCCAUCCCGAGGUUGGUGGUCGCAACCGUCGAGCCUUGGGACGGAGCCACAAUGGACCUUUGAGGACGGUUGAACAAGUCUUGGAUGUGAUGAUUGAUCAGCAAUACGGUCAAAUUCGUACUGCGCAGCGGAGUCGCUUAAUGGCAAAGAUAAGGAGAGGUCAGCUCAAAGAAAAUGCCAAUAUUACCAGCGAAGCCCUGCAGAUAUGGAGGGAGGUUUACGAGGAGUCUUCUGUCGUUGUCGAAGAAUGUCGCAAGCAAUUUGAAGAAGAACGUAAGACGUCCACCAUCAUCAAAGUGGCAGAAGAUGACGAUGACGAAUCAAAUCCUCGCCUGACAACGAUGCGUGCGCGACUACGGUCUGCCCUGGAAAUCCAGCAUAUUGCCAUCUUCUUCAUGGCUAAUGCAUAUUUCCAGCUGAAAUCCCCCGAGGCUGAGGAGAGCGAAUCAUAUCGGGAGUUAGAGAAAGAGGAAACAGCAGCCUAUGAAAAAGCAAAAUCAAUUCGAGGCGAAUUGCUCGCCGAAAAUCUCCGACAUGUCAAUAAACUGAUCACUAACGUCAGAACGAACCUCUCCAGCGGUUUGACGGCCAUUCCCCAUCUGCAGGUGCUUGAAGGCUAUGGGGGAAUCGAAAGUCGCAAGAUUUUUGACAAGAUUGAGGAUUACUGUGAAGCAAUGAAUAUUCAAGCGGAGCAAUUCCGUGAUUUGCGGACGAAGAUGGCCAAUUUCUUGAGCCAAGCACUAAUCGAUGAAGACGAGGGCGUGGAGUUGCAAGGCGACGAGUACGAAAGCUCCACCAAGCACCAAGAUGAGAUGUACGCAUAUAUGGAAGCGCUGAGAGCACUGUUUGCCGACCGCAGCGAAGCACUCAGUGGACAAGAAAACAUGCUCAUCAAGCAAGAAACGAAACAAUUCCUUCGUGCAGCUAAAGAGGGAGAAGGGCCAGCUCCCGAAUUAAUGCUGAAGCUACUCGCAGAACGUGAGCAGAAGCGAGUCAAAGUCAGCGAGUUCGGCUGUCUGCGAGGGAUAAUCGCAGAGGUCAGACAAAUGGUCAGCUCCCUGCAAUGGCAAGAAGGCAACGGUCAUAGUCGAGCAGCCCACGAGUCGGCAAUCCUCGAGCGUGUUCUGAAACAUAUGCAGCAGCUCAACACAGCACAGACUAAAGCCCUCACCAGCCUAGAACAGGAAGUCAACCAAUUCCGCGACACCAUGAACAGUCGCCUCGAUUACUACCGUGCCCUGCAGAAGAUCUCCGACACUGUCGCUCCUUACCAGGAAGAAAAUGUUGGAAAGCCUUUCCUGGAGCGGCACUACCACGACUUGGAAACCGAAGAGGCCAGACACCAACAGAAAAUUGUCUCUUUGUCCGCCAAGUUGCGGUAUCUACUCCACAUGAAGACUACGGAGACCAAGUCUUCAGCGCCUAGAGUAUGCACGAUCUGCACCGACCAAUUCGAGGUCGGAACCAUGACUUCUUGUGGGCAUCAAUUCUGCAAAGACUGCGUCCUGACAUGGUGGGCCCACCACCACAAUUGUCCCAUCUGCAAGACCUCACUACAACCAAACUCUUUCCACGACAUCUCCUACAAGCCAGCCGAAAUCGCCGUACAGGCUGAAUCACCAUCCUCGACUCCUCCCACGACGAACUCUCCUUCGAAUUCCGACCGAUCGCAUGACCAGUCCAUCUACUCAGACAUCAGCACCACGAUGCUCAAUCAAAUCAAGGACAUCGACCUGCGCGGCCCCAGUUUCGGCAGCAAAAUCGACUUCCUGUGUCGCCACUUAUUGUGGCUCCGCGAGCAUGACCCAGGCUGCAAAUCCAUCAUCUUUUCGCAGUAUCGCGAGUUCAUCGACGUGCUCGCCCGGGCCUUCGAUGAGUACAAGAUUUCCUCGACGCGGUUCGACGUCAAAAACGGGAUCGAAAAAUUCAAGGCCGACCCUGCUAUCGAGUGUUUCUUGCUACAUGCCAAGGCACAUUCUGCGGGCUUGAAUCUGGUAGUGGCCAGCCACGUGUUUCUGUGUGAGCCGCUCAUCAACACGGCGAUAGAGUUGCAGGCCAUUGCGCGCGUUCACCGGAUUGGGCAGUACAGAACCACGACGGUGUGGAUGUACCUCAUUGCCGACACGGUGGAGGAAAGUAUCUACGACAUCAGCGUUGCGAGGCGAUUGGCGCAUUUGAAGAGUAACACGGACACCGCUAAUCACGAUAAGAGCAAGGGCAAAGGUAAAAAGCCGACGAUAAAUAAUUCACGGUCAGGCACGGCGACGCCAGCCACCACCACCACCAAUACGAAUGCCGCGUCGUUGCAGGAGAAUGCGAUCGAUGCGGCGAAUUCAAUGGAACUCCAGGCCGCAGAUCUUUCGAGGCUGCUUACUGCGGGGAAGAAUGGCGGCGAGGUGGUGGACAAAGAGGACCUGUGGGCCUGUUUGUUCGGCCGGGUCAAGAAGCGAGAGGAGGUCAUGGGUAGAUUGGCCGAUUCACAACCUGCCGGUUCAGAGAUGGGCAGAUUGUUAAGAGCCGAAGCUGCGCAGCGGAGAUCUGAUGAGGACGUGCUGUGACUAUGACAUUGAUCCACUGGGUAUUCAGUUCCACGCCUCUGAUCUUUCCUUUUGGGAUGCGUCUCCUGUUGAAGUCCCUCGUUUGAAGCGAAUUGAGCAGACAAAGCUGGCCGGUUAGAGUUAGAAAUUGACCCCUUGGGGCAAUAUGAAUACUUUUCUUGCACCACCAUAGUACAG